GUUGGCAACUAUGAGAAAUUGUAUCAGCUGUGAAUAUUAAUGAUUAAAACAAUCUAUAAAGUAUUCAUUAUUGGCUUAUAUAUAUUUUUAAAAGUGAAGCUGAUCUAUUAAUAAAUAAAAAUGGCUUUAAAUGGGUUUUUAGAUUUUUUUCAAAAGGGCAAAACAUUCAGGCCAAAGAAAAGGUUCACAGCAGGUACAAUACGUUAUUCACUACAUAAACAAGCCCAAGCAAGUCUUCAAUCAGGAAUUAAUCUAAGACAUGUCGUUCGCCUUCCAGAAGGAGAAAACUUGAACGAUUGGAUAGCUGUUCACGUUGUUGAUUUCUUUAAUCGCAUUAAUCUUAUAUACGGAACAGUUUCAGAAUAUUGUAAUGAAAAUACUUGCCCAACUAUGUGCGGAGGAUCGCGGUAUGAAUAUUUAUGGGCGGACGGCGAAAGAUGUACCAUUUCCUAAAACAUUUCCAAAUCUAUGUAGAAAAAUAUUAACUCGUUUAUUUAGAGUGUUUGUGCAUGUCUAUAUACAUCACUUUGAUCGCAUUGUCAGCAUAGGCGCAAAAAAAUUAUAAUUAUAAAAACGUAAAUCAUGUGAAAAACAACAAGAUGUCCAUCCUCGCUUCAGCAGAAAGCGACAACUCAACCUCGUUCAAUGAACGCCCAAACGAAACUGAAUGAGUUUAUUAAUACGUUGUUGUAAAUUUAGUAACGGCUGAAAAGCACGCUAAUAUGAUAAUAGUUUUUAAGUGUUUUAGUCUUUUUUAUUUUUUUAUACUGUUUAAUAUUAUUUUCUUCAUUGGCGAUCCUGCGAAUAAUUAUAUAAAAUAUAAAUAGCGAACCAAUAUUAAAAAUAAAUUAACGCAAAUCUGAAUACAGAAAAAUAUAUAAAUUAGAAAACAAUAUUCUCAAAGGUUCAUUACAACCUCAGCAAUUAAUUGUGAAUAAUCCAACCUUAUAAUUACACAUGUAUUUGGUACUUGGAUCCAUAAAUUUAUAAAAAAACGGAAAAUAUCAAAUCUUUGCUUCUUAAAAUUAACGAUUCAACAAACAUUAAAUAUCAAGAUAUAUCAUCAAGAGAUAUUCUUCAAGAUUUUUUUAUCAAAAGAAAUUGUUCGAUUUAAGAAGAUAUAAACAUCUUAAAAAUAAAGAAUAAAUAUUAAGUAUAUAUUAAUGAAUAAGUACGUUUGUUUAUAUACACAGUUAAUUGUUAUUAUAAAUAAUAAUUUCAUCUCAAUUAUCGUUAACAUAAUCUACAAGUUCUUGUUUGUAAACCCUUCACCACUAAUUUAUUACAUAUUUUCAAAAUGGUUACUACACUAUCAAUGAGAGAACAAGAUACAACACAAAACAACAAUUUAAAUAAUACAGAAUUUCAGGAUGCACAAUCAACUUUAUUUUCUAAUAUCACUCCAAACACUCAAAUCCAUAACCCAACACAAGUUUCUAUAAAAUUACCACAAUUUUGGAGUUCUUGUCCUGAAACAUAGU